AUGCAACUCGCAAUGUCAAGUACCAAGAUGAAAUGCCUCUUGAAAGGGCUCCGAUAUAUAUCUCAAGUAUUUGCAAUAGAAGGUGAAAAGGAACAAGAGAUGCAAAUCGGAAAUCCAACGGACGUAAAGCAUGUUGCCCACAUUGGUUGGGAUGGACCGUCUGAUAAUGCCACAGCACCUAGCUGGAUGAACGAGUUCAAGUGUUGUCCGGGGAUGGAGACAACACCGGAAUUUGGAGAAGACGAUUCCUCCAUGAAAUGUAAAUCGGAAUAUGGUGGUCGGUCCAAAGAUUUACCUAAACUACCAAAAUCCACAAGAAAGUCAGCGUCGGAGAAAGGUUCUCCAACGAAAGAGAAAUCCGACAAGACCAAACGUCGGAGUUCAAAAACGGCCACAUCAUCGUCUAGGAAAACUAAGGAGGGUGCUUUAGGACAGGACCAAGAUUCUUCUCGGUCUCAACACAGUGUUGGAUUACCUGAGAUUCCAAAGAAAUCAAAGAGGAAGAAAUCUAAAGAGGGGUCUUCGAGAUCGUCCAGAAGAUCGGAAGCUGAUAAAAUGUCGGACUUUAUGUCUGAUACUGGCUCCGUUAGAUCUAUGUCUCAAUUCGACGAUGACAAAGUUUGA